AGUACAUCAAACUCAAUGGAGCAUCAUAUCCAGCAUUUCUCAGGGAGGCUAAAGAGAAGUUCAGCAUACCCCCUGAGACAAACAUGUAUGUGCUGGAUGACAGUGGAACAGAGGUUGAUGAAGAGGUCUUCAGCGACAUCUUGGAGGAAAAAGCAGACAUCCUGUGGACCAUUGUUAAUGUUCUUUCAGUUUCUGACUCUCCCAUCCAGUCCUCGUGCACAGACACCUUGUCACUAUCAUCACCCUCAUCGGACAGUGAUGCUUCUCUGAUGUCCCCAAAAAGACAGCGCAUUGAUGACGCCUUUGUGAUGUCCCCAAAAAGUCUACAUACUGAUGACAGUUCUUCACAAGCCAAAGAGCUUGUCAAAAGAAUUCUGGAACAAAAGCCUGGAGGGGAGAAAAUCCUUGCAAAAUAUGCAAUGACAGGAGAGAUGAAGGACCGAGCACGCCGUGAUCUUGUCAGCAUUGUUGUUGCUGAAAUGUUUGAAAAGUAUGGACGUGCUCCCCCUAUGGAUAAAAGAGCACAGUAUGCAUUGGGGAUAGUAACACUGUUCCCCUCUCUAAAAGAUCCCUACUCCAAAAAAGGCUAUGAACACUUUUUUGACAUAGACAGCAAUGAGGGCUACAUUGCCUGGAAGAUUAAAAACACACAGCGAGAACUCAGCAAUGGCGGUACCAAUGGGGGUAGGAGAAGGAGCUCUCAAACUACAGGCAGCAGCGGACCAAACUUAGAGAGAGAAGUGACUAAAGUGCAGCAGUUGGAGGGAGACCAGUGUCGUGAGGCCAUAUCUCUACUGAAACACAGCACAGACAACGAACAGAUCUUCAUGAAAAUGAGAGAAACCUUCCAGCACAGGCAAAAGUUGAUCCAUGAUCCUGAGCAGUGCAGCACAGUGCUUACUGUGUUCCCAAGGUUUCUUGACACAAAAGGCCUGGUGGCGCAAGACUUUGACCUGUUGUUUGGAGCUGAGACUUCAUCAAAACUCCUUGAGAAAUGGGAUUUCCUGAAGGACAAAGUAAUAGGGCAAGCCAAGGACAUCAGCAAGACACCCCUGCUUGACCAUCUCAUCCAGUCUGCAGAGGAGAACACUGAUGAGGAUGACGAGGUCCCAGGUUGGGAUAGUGACAUGGCCUCACUGCUACUGCUGGUCUACCUACUGCCACCACCUCCAAGUGGAAAGAAGGGAGCUGUAAAGAUCAGUACCCGGGAAGCUGUGGACCAUGUAGUCAAAUUUCAUAAGUCAUGUCGCAGCCUUCAGGAGCACUCUGGUCCAAACCAGCGGAGGCAGCCCUACAUCCUGGCAGUUGGGACGACAAGAAAGCACAUCCACGAGUUCUACAUUGCAUUGGAUGGUGAUCUCCUUCCCUGCAAGGGCAAGUCUUCCCUGUCAGCCUUUGAUGAACUUUUCAAAGCACAUUAUGUUUUCGGCAUCUCCUAUGACCAGGCCUCAAAUGGCAUGUACACAUUUGUGCAGACCACCAUCUACAACAUUGAUGUUGGUCAUUCUCACGAAACUCCCAGAGUCAAGGACCUAAGAGCUAAGCUCCUCAACUAAAA